UUAGCCUCCAAGUACAGACGUAUUUCCUCGUUACCCUUGACGUGGCCAUGUAACCCAGGACGUGUGCAUGACAGCUCCGCUGCAAAAAGCGCAGGAGCGCCUGGCGCUGCAUGAGGUCAUCCGAGUGGGAGUUGGUCGCCAGGAAGACCUUCGACUACUUCAGAAUGUGGCCAUGCAGGCCAGCUGCCUGCCGCCCGCCUCCGUGGCCCAGCUGGUGCGCGAGGCGGCGCUGCGGGAGGAGUGGCGGGCGGGGCGUGAGGCCGCGCUGCUGCACACGCUACGCUCGCUGCCACUGGGGGAGCUGCUGGGUGGACGGGCAGGGGGCCCGGGGGGCGCGCUGAGCUCCGCGGAUGGGAGGCUGCUGGGGGAGCAGCUGGCGGCGCUGACGGAGAUGAUGGAGCAGCAGCAGCAGCGCAGGCGGCACCGGGCGGCUGCAGCGGCGCCACUGCCCCGGCCCCGGGCCCACCCCAGCAGCCCGUUAGGCAUGCAGCACCAGCAGCAGCCGCAGCACUACCCGCCAGCCGCAGCUGCAGGCACAGGGCGACUGGGCCGGCCAUCAUACGGCGCACCCCUCCCGGGCAGCCCGUAUAAGUCCGGCGGCCUUGUUCGGUCGGCUUCCGCUGAGUCCACUGCGCCACUGGGGCAGGACGGCUGGAUGUGCCGGCAGCAGCAGCUCCUGCAGCAGCGGGGCGCCUCGUCAACUGCCGCAGUCGCGAUCUACACAGCCACCGGCUCCCCUGCAGUGGUGGGGUCCCCGGCUCGAGCUCUUCGCAGCAGCAGCGGCGGCAGCGGCAGCCGGGCGCCGGCGGGACGCCGCAGCAGUGGAAGCAGCGGCGGUGGCAGCGGCGGUGGGGGCCAGCGGUCUGGGCUCGCGGCGGCGGCGCUAAGGGCGGUACGGCAGCAGAAGCCCCGGCCUGGGAGCGCGCCUGAGGACGCGUUGGGAGGCUCGGAAGCGGCGGUGGGUGCUGCGGCUGCAGCGGCGGCGGCGGCUGUCAAUGCCAAUGCGGCGGCUGCUGAUGCGGCGGCUGCCGGCGGGAAGGGCAACCAGCGCAGCAGUGGCUUCCGCAACCUGCUGCGGCUGCAGCAGCUGCUGAUGCAGGGCCUACGCGACCACGCGCAGCAGGAGGGCGAGGGUGGCGCGCUGGAGGCGCUGGCAGCGAGUGUGGCGGAGGGGCAGGCGUUCUUCGCGGAGUGUCUGUCGGAGGCGCUGGAGGCUGCGGGGCUUCCGCCGGGCGGCAGCUGCGGUGCUGCGGGCAUGCGGGCGUCCCUGCAGCAGCAGCAGCCGUGGCGCGGGGUUGGGGGUGGGCCGACGUCCCCUCCUCGGCGGCUGCCGCAUGUGGCUUGGGACCGGCUGCUGCGGCUGGGACAGCUGGGGCUGACGCGCGCAGAUGUGGCGAGGCUGGAGGAGCUGCGACGGCGGCAGGCGGCCCGCGUCAUACAGCGGCAGGUGCGAAAAUGGCUCCGGCGGCGGCGCCACCAGCGGCGACUGGCGGAGGCACGUGCGCGCGCAGAUGCCAUGCAGCGCCGGCUGAGGGAGCGCGCCGCGGUGGUGAUCCAGGCCUGGGUGCGCGGCCACCUGGCUCGCCGGCUGGCAGCCCGGCUGGCUCAACAGGCGGCGCGGGAGCGGGCGGCGAGGCGGCUGCAGGCGGCGGCUCGCAUCCUGGCGGCCACCCGCAUACAGCGGGCCUGGCGGGCGCACCGGCGGGCGGUGCGGUACGCGGCGGCGCUGGCUCGAGCAGAGGCGCGGCUGCGACAACAGCAGCAGCAGCACGUGGUGGUGGUGGGAGAUGGUGGCAGGAGGGGUGCGGCUGGUGGGGAACUGCAGGUGCCGGUGGAUGCGGGCUGCGAGAGCGUGUUCCAGGCGUGGAGUGAGCAGCGACUGGGAGGGCAGCAACAGCGGCAACAGCAGCAGGAGGGGGAUCGCGGCGGUGGCGGCGGCUGCGGGGCCUCCUCACGGCUCUCUCCUGAGCAGGCGGUUGUGAUCAUCCAGGCCCACCUGCGCGGCUGGCUGGUGCGGCGCAGCUCGGAGCUGUGGUGGGCGCGCGCCUCGCAGCAGCUGCGGGAGCGGCGGGCGGCGGUGCGCGCGUGGCGGCAGCAGCAGCGCUUCAUGCAGGGCAGCUACGACAUGCAGGCGCAGCUGCUGGGUGCGCUGCUGCGUGAGGCCCAGGUGGCUGCCGCGCUGGAGGCGGACCGCCGGCGGCAGGAGGCGGAGCUGCAGGCGGCCUUCAGGCAGUGGCUGCUGGAGCAGCAGCGGGUGGCGCUGUCGCAGCCACUGCCCCGGGGCUGGGUGCCGCACCCGCACCCGGAGGAGCCGGCGCGCAUGUGCUUCCUGAACACGCGCACGGGCGAGCUGCACUCGCUGCACCCCACGGUGGCCGAGCUGGCUGGCCACGCGGAGCAGCAGCACGCGGCCGCCCGCAGCGCACUGCAGGAGCGGUUCGCGGGGGUGCCCGCCUACGUGGCGCGCCUGCAUGAGGCGACUGCGGCGCAAGCGGGCAUACUGCUGCGGGCCAUAGCGCUGGUGCAUCAAAGGGUGGCGACGGGGGCGGCAGGAGGGGGGGGCGGAAUGAAUGAUAGGUGAAGCAACCGGAGUCCCAAUGGCAUGUUCCGACAUCCGGCAGAGGGAG